AUGAGCAACAUGAUGAAACCCGUGUUUAAUCAGGACGACGCGGUCAUCUUUGACGACAAAUACCUGGGUGCCGUGGUACAAGCUAAGCGGGUCAAACCCUUCGAUUUCUAUGUCUACGAUGUCAACCUGAUCGCAGAGAAGGGAGAGACAGGUGAUCCAAAAUUACCAUAUCAUUGGCCGACGAUACCGGUCAUAUCACAGCCGAAUGUCUCGGACUACCGGCCAAAAAAAGUGGAAACAUACACAGGCUAA